GUUUUGGGCGCUGCCGAGUCCGACCCAGACCUCUUCACCAACGACCCCUUCCCGAGCUCUCAGCUUCGCGGCGCGGACUACCUGGAUGCGGACGAAGGUGAGACAGGUCGGAGCAACAAGUGGCUGAAGGACAUCAACACAAGGACCAAAAACCACUUCAAGAAGCUGCUGGCGCCGCUUCAGACACCCAUCGUGCAGGAGUACCAGGUGGUUGGCGUCCUCGACACGUACGUGAACUACACGAUGGAGCUGGUGGCCAAUGCUACCGGCCACAGCGUGAUUUGGAACCGAACCUCGGGUCGAUUUCUCUCCGAGCCCCGAGGCCUUCGGCCUAGCAGGCAGGAACUCCCUCCAAGGGCCAGGUACAUCAACAUGAUCUUGAUGUAUCUGAACAAGGAGAUGGAGGCCGUCUGGAACUACAUCACCAUGGUCGACCGGAAGCGCUGGGGUGUUGGAAACGUUAUCACCUCCUCCCCCUACGGGCCUCAUGGUGAGCAUCCAGAACGCUGGCGUGCAAACGGCUCCUUCCCGCUCCCUGCUGCUGCGCCCAACAACACGAUCCUCCUGCAGAGUCAGAAGACGAUCAACCUGGUGCUGAAGCUGAAGCCGGAAAUCGAGAAGUACGACAACAAGUAUGCUCAGCAGCUGCAGGCAGACUACGAGACUCUGGUUGACAACAUCAAUGAUGCAAGUCAGAAAAUCAGC